AUGGAGGAGUCUUAUGAGUCGUAUCCCAGUGAAGAGCAGCAGAUCGCCGCCCUUGAAGCCGCUCACGCGACGGCCAAUCCCGAUCACGGUUGGCAGAAGGUGACCUACGCCAAGAAGCAGCGGAAGCAAAAGCCUCUGACCGCCGCGGAUCCCGCCGGCAAAAUCAACGGUGUCCUCGUUGGUAACGACAAAGGGAACGUAUUUAAGUCCUUGGAGCAGCAAUCCGAGGAGCGGCGCCGGAGGAUUCUUGAAGCCGAGACAGCUCCCAAUGCAGCCGCCACCACCGCCAGGGCCGGCAGAUCAAGGGAUCGAUCUGACGACGACAGCGACGAUGAUGACGACAGCGACGAUGCAAGGGUUUCCAAAGAGAAUGGCAAGGGCGGCGAGGAGAAGAAAGUGAAGCAGAAGAAGCCUAAGAAGCCCAAGAUCACCGUGUCCGAAGCUGCUGCUAAGAUCGACGAGUCGGAUCUCGCUGCCUUUCUCUUGGAUAUAUCUGCUUCCUACGAGGGGCAGCAGGAGAUACAGCUCAUGAGAUUUGCGGAUUACUUUGGGAGGGCUUUCUCGGUUGUAAGUUCGGCCCAGUUCCCAUGGGUGAAGUUGUUCCGGGAGAAUCCUCUGACCAAAAUUGCCGAUGUUCCCUUGUCUUACAUUUCAGAACCUGUAUUUAAAACAUCUAUUGACUGGAUCUCUCAACAUUCAGUUGAGGCACUUGGGUCCUUUCUGCUAUGGUGUGUUGACGGUAUCCUUGCAGAUUUGGCAAGCCAGCAGGGUGGUCCCAAAGCCUCCAAGAAGGGUGGGCAGCAAACAUCUUCAAAGUCCCAGGUUGCCAUCUUUGUGGUUUUGGCAAUGGUCUUGCGCCGCAAACCUGACGCUUUGAUUAGCAUAUUGCCAACAUUGAAGGAAACUUCAAAGUAUCAAGGCCAAGACAAGCUUCCAGUUGUUGUAUGGAUGGUCGCUCAGGCCUCCCAAGCAGAUUUGGCUGUGGGGUUGUUCUCAUGGGCACAUAACCUCUUGCCCAUUGUGAGCGGCAAAAAUAAUAAUCCGCAGUCUAGGGAUUUAAUCUUGCAACUAGUGGAGAAGAUUUUAGCUGCUCCAAAAGCUAGGACAAUUUUAGUAAACGGUGCUGUUAGGAGAGGGGAACGUCUGGUUCCACCUUCUGCAUUAGAGAUGUUGCUGAGGGUUACCUUUCCUACAUCUUCCGCUAGAGUAAAGGCUACAGAGAGGUUUGAAGCAAUAUAUCAUACCCUCAAAGAGGUGGCUCUUGCUGGUUCUACUGGAAGUAAGGCUAUGAGGCAGGUGGCACAGCAGAUAUUGACCUUCUCUCUGAAAGCAGCUGGGGAAAGCAAUCAAGAGUUGUCCAAGGAAGCUGCUGGCAUUUCCAUAUGGUGUUUCACCCAGAAUCCCGAGUGCUACAAGCAAUGGGUUAAGGUGUAUGAGGACGAUUUAAAGGCAAGUGUUGCUGUUCUUAGAGGGAUUUCUGAGGGAUGGAAGAACUUCUCGGAGAAACUGGCUCCUUUCGAUCCUCUCAGGGACACUGUCAGAGAGUUUAGGCAAAAGAAUGAGAAAGCAAUGGCCAAAGGGCACAACGAUGUACUGUACAAGGAAGCAGACAAGUACUGCAAGGGGAUACAGAGUAAGCUAUCUAGAGGACAUGGCUGCUUGAAAGGUAUGGCCUUUGUGGUCGUGGCAAUGGCUGUUGGAGCUGCCGUCAUGUCCCCAAACUUGGAGGAUUGGGACUUGAAGAAGCUGUCGGUGUUGAUCAACUCUCAUUUGUCUUCUUACUACUGA